UGUGUGUGUGUGUGUGCAUUGUAUUUGAUCACACGUUUACAUUUCUCCCGAUAUUUUGUCUUUUUUUUCUCAUUUCCUUUCAAUUUUUUCAUCGAAUUUUCGACAAUGGCUGUCGGUAAAAAUAAAGGUCUUGCUAAAGGUGGUAAAAAAGGUGUGAAAAAGAAGAUUGUCGAUCCAUUCACCCGUAAAGAAUGGUAUGAUAUUAAAGCUCCUGUUGUUUUUGCCAAUCGUAAUGUCGGUAAAACCCUGGUGAAUCGAACACAAGGAACCCGUAUCGCUUCUGAAGGUCUUAAAGGUCGAGUAUUCGAAAUUUCAUUGGCCGAUUUGCAAAAUGAUGAAGUUGCCUAUAAAAAAUUCCGUUUGGUUUCCGAAGAAGUACAAGGCCGUCAAGUGUUGACUAAUUUUCAUGGAAUGGAUUUGACACGGGACAAAUUGCGUUCAAUGGUAAAAAAAUGGCAAACAUUAAUCGAAACACAUGUCGAUUGCCGUACAAGCGAUGGUUACUUGUUACGAUUCUUUUGCAUCGGUUUUACUCGUCGUUGGCCACAUCAAGUGAAAAAGACCAGUUAUGCUCAAACAACAAAAGUACGAGCCAUUCGUAAGAAAAUGGUUGAAAUCAUCACAUCAAAUGUAUCAUCGGUUGAUUUGAAAGAUGUCGUAUUGAAAUUGAUUCCUGAUUCGAUUGCCAAAGACAUUGAAAAAGCAUGUAAUUCGAUCUAUCCAUUGCAUGAUGUUAUGAUCCGAAAAGUAAAAGUGAUGAAAAAGCCGAAAUUCGAAUUGAGCAAAUUGAUGGAAAUGCAUGGUGAAGGUAAAGGUGCUUCAAGUUCAACGGCCACAGCCGCAACAAAAACCGAUGGUGAAUCAUCGACCAAAGUAGAUCGACCCGAAGGUUAUGAACCACCCGUACAACAAACGGUUUAAACAUGACUUUUUUAAAAUGUAUUUCAAAAUUCGAAAUAAACAAAAAAAUGAAUAAAAACUGAUUUUUAUUUUAAAUUAA